AUGGCUACUCAAGAACAGGCCCAAGGCCAACAACCUAUCUUCAAGCUUGUGCUCGUUGGUGAUGGUGGUACCGGCAAGACUACAUUCGUCAAGCGCCAUCUUACUGGCGAGUUUGAAAAGAAAUACAUAGCCACACUCGGUGUCGAAGUGCACCCGCUCAGCUUCACCACGAACUUGGGCCCCAUCCAAUUCGAUGUGUGGGAUACUGCUGGCCAAGAAAAGUUCGGUGGUCUGCGUGAUGGCUACUACAUCAACGGCCAGUGCGGUAUCAUCAUGUUCGAUGUUACCUCCCGUAUUACCUACAAGAACGUUCCAUCCUGGCACCGUGACCUCACCCGUGUCUGCGAAAACAUCCCCAUCGUCCUUUGCGGAAACAAGGUUGAUGUCAAAGAACGCAAAGUCAAGGCAAAGACCAUCACUUUCCACCGCAAGAAGAACCUCCAAUACUACGAUAUUUCUGCCAAGUCCAACUACAACUUCGAAAAGCCAUUCCUCUGGCUUGCUAGAAAAUUAGUUGGCAACCAAACUUUGGAGUUUGUCGCGCCACCCGCCCUUGCUCCUCCGGAAGUCACCGUCGACCACGCUCUCCUCGAAGAACAACGUCUGGAAAUGGAACGCGCUGCCCAGAUGCCUUUGCCUGAUGAAGAAGACGGUGAUUUGUAA